AUGGAGGAUCAGAGCAGUCCAUUUCUUGUCGAUACAAAAGAUACAACAACGACAGAUACAACUCAACAACAACAACAACAACAAGAACAUGUUCAACAACAAACAGCAGGUCAACUUGACGAUAGAGUUGAUCAAGAAGAAUCGAUAACUAUGGGUGAUGAUCAAAAUAUAUCAAGACAACAACGACAAAGAAGACUACUGUUGGUGAGCAAACCAAGUGCAUUCUCGGUUGGUUAUGAAAGAAUAAUGAAAAGAUACUUUAAAGAUUAUGAAUCAUUGAUGAAAGAGCAUUUCAAACAACUAGAAGAUCCAUUAAAAAAGGUUAACUUGAUUGAUAGAAGAAUAGAGAAACAAAAAGCUUGUAUACCUAGAAAUGUGGCAUUGUUACAAUGGAUUAUUCAAGGUCAAACAAAUCAAGAUCAAAGAUUAAAGGUGAUAUCACCACCAAAUUCAUUAGAGUCAUCACCAUCUGCGUCACCUUCAUCAAAAGAUGGUGCUCUUUCAUAUCAAGAACAACAACAACAACAAUUGUAUGAUGAAGAGAAUGAUGAUAUUGAUAGAGAUGAUCAAUUCCCAAAUGAAUUCACAUCAGAGGAUAUAAAACAAAAAUUGGAAACUUGUUUAACAAAUAUUGUUAGAGAUUGGAGUUUUGAUGGUAAAAGAGAAAGAGAUCAAACCUAUUUACCAAUUUUAAAUGAUUUACAAUCAAUUUAUCCAUUGGAAAAUAAUAAUAAUAAUAAUAAUAAUAAUAAUAAUAAUAAUAAUAAUAAUAAUAAUAAUAAUAAUAAUAAUAAUGGAAAUAAUAAUAGAAAUUCAAUUAAAGUUUUAUGUCCUGGAUGUGGUCUUGGUAGAUUAGCAUAUGAAAUAGCAUCACUUGGUUUUGAUACAGAAUUAAAUGAACAAUCUAUAUUUUUUAUUAUACCUCUAAAGAAAAUAUUAACAACAGAAUUUGAAAAUAUUGAAUCAAAGACUGUAUAUCCAUACAUUUCAAUUUUAAAGAAUACUAAAAGUAUAGAUUCAAUUACUAAACAAAUCAAGAUACCGGAUAUCAUUCCAGACAGAACGGUGAUUGAUAGAAUGACAUUGGCAGAAGGUGAUAUUUUCGAGUUUUAUGAAAGCACUACGCAGUGCUACCAAUACUUUGAUGUUGUUACAACUUGUUUCUUUAUCGAUGUAGUUUUGGAUAUUUUACAACUUUUCAAAACCAUUUCAUCGGUCAUCAAACCCGGAGGCUAUUGGAUCAACAAUGGUCCAUUAUUUUAUCAUUUCAAUGAAACUUUAAAUCUUUCAUACGAUGAAAUUAUUAUAUUGGUUGAAUCGUAUGGUUUUACAAUUCUUAAAAAAGAUAUUUUACUAGGUUUAUCAUAUACCAAUAACAAAGAUUCAUUAUAUCAUCCAAAUUUUGAUAGUGUAUACUUUGUUGCAAAGAAAAAUACAAUCAACAACAACUAA